AUCCAAAUUCUGGAUAAAAAACAGUGCAGGCGAUUUUUUGUAAACAAUGGACGUUUUACGAGUCAUCCUCACUUUUCUCUCUAUUUUUGCCAUUUUCCCAUCGAAUAUCGCUCUCUCUGGGAAUGGAAAUGCAUCCCAGGAAGAAAUUGUGCCAGUUGUGCUGUGGCAUGGGAUGGGAGAUUCCUGCUGCUUCCCCUUCAGUUUGGGCAGCAUAAAGAAGUUGAUUGAGGAGGAAGUCCCUGGAAUUAGUGUGAUAAGCCUGAAGAUAGGGAAGUCAUUGAUAGCUGAUUACGAAAGUGGUUUCUUUGUGCAUCCAGACAAGCAGGUUAAAGAAGUGUGUGAAUUUAUAAGUAAUGAACCUCAAUUUGACCAUGGAUACAAUGCAAUAGGGUUUUCCCAAGGUGGUCAGUUCCUCAGAGCUCUUGCUCAGAGAUGCCCUCAACCAAGGAUGAAGAAUCUUAUAUCACUGGGUGGGCAGCAUCAGGGAAUUUUUGGACUGCCUAAUUGCCCAUCGCUCAGUCGAAAGACUUGCGAAUACUUCCGGAAGCUUCUGAAUUAUGCAGCUUAUGAGAAAUGGGUUCAGAAUCUCUUGGUUCAGGCAACUUAUUGGCAUGAUCCCCUCAAUGAGGAUACCUAUCGUGUUGGCAGUAGUUUUCUGGCUGACAUAAAUAACGAGAGAGAAAUCAAUCAGGAUUACAUUCAAAACUUGAAGUUCCUUGAACGUUUUGUGAUGGUAAAAUUCCUCAAUGAUACCAUUGUCCAGCCAAUUGAGUCUCAGUGGUUUGGAUUCUACGCUCCGGGUAGUGAUCAGGACGUCCUGCCAUUGAGAAAGACCAGACUCUUCAAAGAAGAUCGCCUGGGGCUUCGUUCUGUGCCCAUGGAUUUCCUGGAAUGUGAAGGAAAUCAUCUGCAAUUCACCAAAGAAUGGUUCAUUGAGAAUAUUAUUCCAUACCUCAAGUAACGGUUUUUCCAUUCAAAAUCCUGGAUAAAAGAAUUCAUCGAAUCAUAUGCAAACGAUGAGAUUUUUGUUUAUAUUUUCUGAGUCGAUGAGUCAGCUGUCAAAAUAAAUGUUUUUUAUUGCCCCAAAAA